AUGUCUCGCCGUGACGCAGGUGUAGGAAAAGUUUAUAUUGGAGGGUUGCCAGAUGAUGCUAAGACAUAUGAAUUAGAAGAUGCCUUUUGUAAAUAUGGGAAGAUUCGUAAAGUCUGGGUUGCUAGAAGACCUCCAGGAUUUGCUUUUGUUGAAUUUAUGGAUAAUCGUGAUGCAGAAGAUGCUGUUAGAAAAUUAGAUGGAUCAAAAAUUUGUGGAGUUCGAGUUCGUGUAGAAUUAGCUCAUUGCCAUAAUCGUAUUAGAAAUGAAGGACAUAAUCGUCGUAGGCAUGAUCGUCGUAGUAGAAGCCCAAGAUACAAUAGACGUUCGAGAUCAAAAAGUAGAUCACGUAGCCGUAGCCCACCAAAGAAGAACUCAAAAUCAAGGUCGGAAACGCCAUUAUCUGAAAAGAGAUCGCAAUCUCCUUCAAGUAUAAAAGAUGAAUCCCGUGAAAAUAGUCGUUCAAGAUCUCGUAGUUCUAGCACUGGAACACAAUCUGAAUAA